UUUUCUUUAUAUAAGAGGUGUUUGUCCCUCUGGUCAUUCAUUGUUUCUUCUAAGGCAUGUCACUCGUCGUGUCGACAGUGUAAUCAGGUGCGUGUAGUAAAUAUCGUAACAGAAUGUAUCGUGGAAACCAACAUCAGCGCUUUGACAGAUUCCAGCGAACGCCAAGCCCCGGAUUUCCUGGUUCAUCACCUCAACAUCAUUUUCAACAACCACAAAAUCGUUUCCGAUCGCCGCCACACCAACAAGGCUUCACAUCACCACAGUUUUCGCCGUAUUCGCCGACGCCUGGGCCAAGUCCGAGACAAUAUCAACAGAGAUCUCCGUACUACUCGCCGCAUAGGUAUCAGUCGCCACACAGUUUUCAAGGUAGUACCCCAAGGCAUCGAGGUGGAAAGCGUGGCGGAAGAGGCAGAUUCCAGCAAAAUUGGGGUAGAGGAAAUCAACCUGUCAGUGAACAGGAUAUAGAGAGGCUGUAUUACAAACAUUCCAUGGUAAAAGAUCCAUGGGCUAGCAUGAAACCUGUCAGCGUCGAAGGUCAAAGGUAGCACUGAUGGAAUUGCACCAUCCAUGGUUAUAAUGUAGAACCAUGUCGCUUGAAGUGCUAUGAUUAACUGUCAAAAGUCAACGGAUCCAUCUUCGUAUAUAGGAUAUAUAUAUAUAUGAACAGGAGCUGCACCACUGCAUACACUUGACAUGUCUGUGAAGAUAGAUACAAUAUAUAAUUUAGAUUUUAAAGUUUAUUUUAACUUUUUAGAUGUAGAGGAGACAACUGCCCUCCAAGUUUCAAUUGACUUUACUCCGAGUGGAGUAUUCUGACAUAUCAAACGAUAUUUUAAUUUUUUAAAUCAAUUUCAUUUAUUGCGUGCAUUCAAACAAAAUUAAAACUGAUAAAAUUAAAACUAAACCCUUCUCUGUAUAUAUCUUUUUUUAAUGCAGUAUUGUGGAUUUUUUGUAUCCACUUUUAAUGUUUCUAUUUCAGGUUUUAACCAUUGUAUUGUUGCUCUAAGAAAUCUCUACAACUCAGCAGUGGCUUUUAAGAUUAUUUUUAAAUUGCAAGGCAAUAUUUACUUUUCCACCCAGCUGUUUUACAUCAUUGAUGGGAGUUUUCAAUUCAAUUGUCUGUCAUAUGUGCGAACAUUCCCCUUGCAUUGUGAUUUUUGUGCCAGGUGCAUCACUCAGAUAUAUAUCAGGUGUUGAUCAUUCACACUGCAUUGUUAUCUGCAUCACUCAAUCCUGCAUUGUGGAGCGAGUAUUGUUUCGCCUGGGUACAUUGUUACGUAGUGCCCAGUUCUUUUUUUUUUACAUGUAACAUUUUUAAUUUUUAUCAGCACAAGUAUAUUAGGAGUAAUAUAGGAUUUGCUGAUAUGAUUUUUUUAUAAACUAUAAAACUGAAGCAGGUUUGACUAAAUGUUGACAUGCAUUGCUGAAGCUUAU